AUGCCCGGCCAAGUAAAAAUCGAAGCUAAUCAGCUACGCCGUAAGGGUGGUCGUCACCGUCUCUACACGGAAGAAGAACGACGAGACCGCAACAGACUUGCACAAGCAGCAUUCCGUCGCAAACGGUCACAACAUCUCCGUGAUCUUGAGGACACUGUUCGGGAGCUCCGAGCCGUGAAUCGCCGCUUGCUGGGAGCGGGCUUGAUGGUCAAGAACUGGUUUUUGAGCCAAGAGAACGAUGACGAUGAAUCCGAUCUUAGCGAAGAAGUAAAGGAAGCGUUGGACGAGUUCCAAGAGUGUGAUAUUGUAGAGAAUGAACUGGAUGAUGAAAUCAGCCUGAUCGAGAACAGUACAGCGAUCCUUCCAUCAAUAUCGCAAAAUCAACGUCGGCAUUCUCUGCCUGCUUCAAUAUUUGCAUCCCCGGGUUUCGGGACAAUGGCUGAAUCCAAGGAAUAUCACCUUGAUGCUGAACUGGGAGCAGGUUUCCUAGGCAGGCCAUUUUGUGACGAGUACGUUUGCAUCUCGGCUGACGUUCCCACCCCGCCACUCGAUAUUCCCACUCCAUGUGAUUGCGGAGGAGAUUGCGACGUAGCGUCUAAUCUUUUUCCGACACCCGCGCCAACACCCACUGAAAUAUCGCCGCCAUUCAGUCCUGACCAGCAAUGGGUGGACUGGUCUGGAUGGCCGCUCGAGCCUACCGCCAACACUCCACCAGCUGUAGGAACGAUUCUCGACAUGUUCACACCGGAAGGUACACCACUUUCACCAGCUGGAGUUGAGAGACGAUGCUCGUGGGCUCCUGAAAAGGCAUGUACGGGCUUGUCAAAUGUAGACCGUUGA